UCCCCUUCACCUCCUACAUAUGUUUAUAACUCACCACCUCCACCAUCUGUCUACAACUCUCAACCGCCACCAUCACCCUCCCCUCUUCAUUCAUAUAUUUACAACUCACCACCACCUCCAUCCUCUUCACCUCCUCCUCCUCCUCCAUAUCUCUACAACUCACCACCACCACCACCACUACAAUCUUCACCACCACCGCCAUCCCCAUCUCCACCCCCACCAUCACCUUCACCACCACCACCAUCUCCAUCUCCAUCUCCACCCCCACCAUCAACUUCACCACCACCUCCUUCACUAUCACCAUCUCCACCCCCACCAUCAACUUCACCACCACCUCCUUCACCAUCACCAUCUCCACCCCCACCAUCUCCUUCACCACCACCUCCACCAUCACCUUCACCACCUCCCCCAUACAUCUACAAGUCACCCCCACCACCAUCCCAUUCACCACCCCCUCCAUAUGUGUACAAGUCCCCACCUCCACCAUCUCCCUCUCCGCCACCCCGAUAUGUUUACAAGUCUCCACCACCACCAUCCCCAUCUCCAUCUCCACCCCCACCCCCACCAUCUCCAUCACCUCCUCCAUCAUAUGUCUACAACUCACCGCCACCUCCUUCACCAUCACCGCCGUCUCCAUAUAUUUACAAUUCACCACCUCCACCAUCUUCAUCACCUCCUCUAUACCACUAUAACUCACACCCACACCUCCCGUGUAUUAAGCUUUCUACUAAAGCUAUUUAAGUUGUUUUCAAUAAAUAAUGUUAAACAUUGUUGUUCUGAAUCUACAUUUAAGCUUUUGCUAAUAAGACAGUCUACACUCUA